AUGAUGAACACAACGAACGGCAUGAUGUCACCGUCUUCUUCCUCUUCGGGAACAGCACAGUCGCCGGGGCUCAAAACCUAUUUCAAAACCCCCGAGGGACGAUAUAAGCUUCAAUACGAGAAAACUCACCCUUCUGGUCUUCUUCAUUACGCCCACGGCAAAACCGUUACUCAGGUAACCCUUGCACAUCUCAAGGACAAGCCUGCGCCUUCUACACCAACUGCGUCGUCUUCAAGUUUCAGUGCCAGCAGUGGGGUACGGUCUGCGGCAGCUAGAUUGUUGGGAGGAAGCAACGGAAGCCGGGCACUUAGUUUUGUUGGAGGCAACGGUGGCAGCAAGAGUAAUGGAGGCAACAGUAGGAUUGGUUCCAUUGGAGCCUCGAAUACUAGUAGCUCAAUGGCUAAUCCAAAUUUUGAUGGGAAAGGGACGUACCUGAUAUUCAACGUCGGUGAUGCAAUUUUCAUUAGCGAUUUGAAUUCUCAAGACAAGGACCCCAUAAAGUCUAUUCACUUCAGUAACUCGAAUCCUGUUUGCCACGCGUUUGAUCAAGAUGCUAAGGAUGGGCAUGAUUUGCUCAUUGGAUUGAACUCUGGCGAUGUCUACUCAGUGUCACUGAGACAGCAAUUACAGGAUGUUGGUAAAAAGCUUGUUGGAGCCCAGCAUUACAACAAAGAUGGUUCUGUCAAUAACAGUCGUUGUACAUGUAUCGCGUGGGUGCCUGGAGGUGAGGGUGCUUUCGUUGUUUCUCAUUCUGAUGGUAAUUUGUACGUCUACGAGAAGAACAAAGAUGGUGCUGGUGAUUCUUCUUUCCCAAUUAUAAAAGAUCAAACCCAAUUUUCUGUUUCUCAUGCACGUUACAAUAAGAGUAAUCCAAUAGCUAGAUGGCAUAUAUGCCAAGGUUCAAUUAACAGUAUUUCUUUUUCAAUGGAUGGAGCAUACUUGGCGACAGUGGGACGAGAUGGUUAUCUGCGAGUCUUCGAUUAUGCAAAAGAACAACUUACAUGUGGUGGGAAAAGUUACUACGGUGCUUUGUUAUGUUGUGCUUGGAGCAUGGAUGGAAAGUAUAUUUUGACGGGAGGGGAAGAUGAUUUAGUUCAAGUUUGGAGCAUGGAAGAUCGUAAGAUUGUGGCAUGGGGUGAAGGACAUAAUUCAUGGGUUAGUGGAGUUGCUUUCGAUUCAUAUUGGUCAUCUCCUAAUUCAAAUGAUAAUGGAGAGACGGUUAUGUAUCGAUUUGGUUCUGUUGGUCAGGAUGCACAAUUGCUUUUAUGGGAUCUGGAAAUGGACGAGAUAGUAGUGCCCUUGAGGCGGCCUCCUGGUGGAUCCCCAACUUAUAGUACUGGAAGUCAGUCAUCGCAUUGGGACAAUGUUGUCCCAUUGGGUAACUUGCAACCUGCUCCGAGUAUAAGGGAUGUUCCAAAAAUCUCUUCUUUGGUUGCACACAGAGUGCAUACUGAACCACUUUCUGGUUUGAUAUUUACCCAGGAAUCUGUGCUUACUGCCUGUCGGGAGGGACACAUCAAAGUCUGGGUGAGGCCUGGAAUUGCUUCUGAGACCCAAUCAACCAAUUCUGAAAAUUUAUUAGCUACCGGUCUCAAGGAUAAAUCUUCCUCACUUUCAACUAAAGUUAGUAAUUCCAGUUAUAAAUAA